AUGAAGAAGGUAGACAGACCUCGACCUUUGCUGAAUCAGGUCGGGUUGGACCAAUCUCGAAAUUGUGCAUUCCAUGAUGGGCCUGGCCACACUACUGAUGAACGCUGGGAUUUAAGAGAUGUGAUAGAAAAGUAUAUCAGAGACGACAAUCUGCGUCAAUAUCUGAUCAGGGCUCAAGGAUGGAAGAACAACAGGAAAAGAAGGGGGGGCCGGCUUAUGAGCCCGCCAAGAGAAAGAAGAUUCAAAGAAGAGGGCCGAGGUAAGAGGCCAGCCAUAGAAGAGGAUGAAUUUGUGGAACCAGAGUUUGAAUGCAAUGUGAUUAGUGGGGCUUUUGGUGGGGGAGGCGAUACCAUGAACGCCAGAAGAAAAUAUUUAAGAGAGGUGCUUUCGGUACGGGAGCGACUUAAGUUUAAGGAAGCCGAACCAGAGCCGCCACUGUUAUAUUUCACCAGAAAAGAAUUGGAGGAUGUGAUGCCAGGACACGUGGAUGGACUAGUCAUUACGGGAACGCUAGUCAACUGCAGAGUCAAGAAGAUAUCUGUAGACAACGGCAGUUGUGCCGACAUAAUCUUAUGGCAGGGGUUCAAAAAAAUGAAUCUAGACGAGGAAGAUUUGAAGCCUUGUAACACGACCUUGAUUGCAUUUAACGGCCGUAAUACUAUUCCCAAAGGGUAUAUUGAUCUCAGGCUGACCUUAGGAACCAAAGAGGCGUAUAAAUCCGAAAGGGUAAGGUUCAUCGUAGCCGACUUCACUUCAGAGUAUGUUGGGUGGUUUGCUGAUGGUGGAAAAUAUAAGUUCUGA